AUGGGUUGUAUUGGAAGUACUUCUAGAAACUUGUAAUAGCCAACAUUUUCAGCUAUUCUGACAGAGAUUUUUGAACUUGUGCCAAGAGAGGAAACAUUAAAAGAAUUCAACAAGAAAUCUGAAAUUAUGAAAUACUUUAAUGAGUUCGAUUGGGCAAAGAUUUAACCUUAAUUUAAGUUAGAAGUAAAAACGUUGAUAGAUCACAUAGAAUCUUAUAAAAUUAGAUUGAUUGAUUCUGCAUUAUAUGUAGAAAGUAAAAUAGUAAUAAUAACAAACAAUUAAUUAGAAAUUAUCUCAAAAUCCUAUUAUAAUAAAAAUGUGUAUGCACAUAUUAUAAGAGCUCAUACUUAAUUUAGAUAAGUUUAUAUAAUUGAAAGAAAUUCCAGUUUAGAAUUAAAUUUAUGAGGAAUCUAAAAUUGAAAUAAGUCAGAGAUCUAUUCAAAUAGAACAUUUAUAAACCUUAACAUAAGUUUCAGAUAACUUUUUAAAGUUUGAAUUAGCAUUUUCUAAUAUUAUCUCUUAGUUGAUUAAUGAUAAAAUGACAUAUGCAAUGUAAGAAAAAUAUAUUUUCUUAAGGGUUUGGUGGGGUUAGUUUUUAGAAACUUUGGAAUCAUUUUCAAAUAAGAAAGCAAAUAAAUAAUUCUAAAGUGAAAAUAUAUAAUGCAUUUUGACAUUUUUAGAAUAUAUAAUAGGUACUAAGUUAGGUUAUUCUGAUUAAUUGUAAAUAAUUUAUAAAUAUUAUAUUAGUGAAUGGGUAACUAAGACAAAUGAAGAAAUGUCAGCAGUUUAAGAAUUACUUGAUUUAAUUUCAGAUCCAUUUAUUGUAAUGUCUGUUUAUAAGAAUGCUUUUUUAAGAAUUCCAUAAGAAAGAUUAUUUGUAACAAAAAGUUAAAAAGCUUUAUUUAAUAUAUUAAUGAAAGAUCAUAAAAAGUUUAUUUCUCAACCUAUAUGGCAUAAAUUAACAGAAACAUUUUUAGAAAGAGCUUUAAAUUAAUAGUUAUAUGAAGAAUUAUUUUUAAUGUUAUUUAAUAAUUUUGAUGAAGAUUAUUGGAAAAAUCCUUAAGAUAUAUUUGAUAUUACUUAUAUUGUUUUAGAAGUAGCCAAAUAGAUUAAUUAAUUAUCUAAUACUGAGCUUUUUAUAUUUACUAAAUUAGUUGAUUAUUUAGAUACUCCUAAUGAUAAGAAUUCAUUUGAAAGUCCUAGUGCCCCACCUUUAUUGAAGAAAACAUCAGAAUAUAAAAAUAUUCAUGUUACUUCAAAUGUGAAAAACUCAGUUAUUAAAUUAUUAAUUAAUCUUUUUAAUUCAAUAGAAACUAAUUAAUUUAUUCUAUUUUAAUAAACUUAAACUAUAAAGGCAAUUCUUAAUAAUUUAAGAGCUAAUCCAGAGAUAGAAACAUUUAAUGAUACUAAACUUUGUUUAAUUGCAUUACUAAAAUAAAUAUCAUCAGAUACUAAUAGUGUAUAAUUAUUUAUAUAAUAAAUACUUGCAUUUGCUUAUAAUUAUAAUUUAAAUUUAAUUAAUAAUACAGCUAUUAAUAUUGAUAUUCUAAUUAAUUUAUUGAUCAUUUUACAUGAAUGUAUAUAAAAAAUAGAAACAUUUAAUUCAACAAUUAUUAUAACAGAAGAAAUGAUAGUUAUGUUAAUUGAAAUAGCUGAAUUUGAUCAUUAGAUUUCAUUAAAAUGUGCAUAGAUUUUAACAUCUUUGUUUUUAUAAGCAGGAAAAAUAAAUUCUAAUGAAAAUAAUGAAAUUAAUUCAUAUCUUGUACCUAAUUCUAAUAUUAUUGGAUUAAGUGCAUAUUUUUUAUCAAAUUCAGUAUUAAUUAGUUAUAAUGAACCAGAAUAUGUAAGAACAUUAAUAAAUUAAUUUUUUGAUUUCAUACCUGGAAGAUUGAAUAAUCAACAAAUUGUAUCUAUUAUAGCUUAUAUAAUUGAUGAUUCUUCAAUUAAAUAAGGAAAUAGUAAAUUAUCAAAAUCUAAUAGAAAAAUUAAUUUUGAUACUUUUAAAGAUAAAGAAUUAAGAUUGUGUAUGAUUAUAAAAUUAAUUUCAUAUAUGGAUGAUGAAAUUUCUAAAGAUUUUAAUGAACUUUUAUAUUCAUUUCUUGGUGCAUAAUUUCAAAUUUACAAGAAAAAAGGAUUUGGUGCAUAGUAAAUAUAAAUAUCAUUAAAAGUUAGGAUUUAUAAAUAUUAUUAUCAAAAAAUAAUAUAAAUACAGAAAUAUAAGAAAUAUUAUCAAAAUGUAAUUUAAUAAGUUAAAUUGAUUUUGAGAAAAUAAAGAAAUAAUUUAAAGAUAAUUUAUCUAAUUAGAAUAAUUAAAAUGGAAUAAUAAAUUUAGAUGAUAUUUAAGUGAAGGAAGAUAUUGAAGUAAAUAAUUAAAUCAAUUAUUAAUAGAGAGGAUCAAUUUUAAAUUAAUCUUUCUAAGCUCCCAGUCAUAUAGAAGUAUAAUUGGAUGAAAGUUUUGAAUAAUAAUUAUAGACUAUUAAAAAAUAAAAGAUGAAAUAAGAAAAAUUGGAACAUUUAACAACUGAAUAAAGGGAGAUGAUGGAAUAUUGA